ACUAGCGUUUCUCAACCUGGGGGUCGGGACCCCUGAGUGGUUCGUGAAGGGGGGGUGGUAGAGGGGUCACCAAAGAUCAUCAGAAAACACAGUAUUUUCUCAUUGGUCAUGGGGGUUCUGUGUGGGAAGUUUGGCCCACUUCUAUCGUUGGUGGAGUUCAGAAUGCUUUUUGCUUCCCAAAUGUGUAUUUCCCCCAAACUCCACCAGGGGUCACAUUUGGGCACAUUGAGUAUCCGUGCCAAGUUUGGUCCAUCAGGUCCAUCCUUGUUAGAGUCCACAGUGCUCUCUGGAGGGAGGUGAACUACAACUCCCAAACUCAAGGCCAAUGCCCACCAAACCCUCCAGUAUUUUCUGGUGGUCAUGGGAGUUUGGUUCAAUGCCAUUGCUGGUGGAGUUCAGAAUGCUCUUUGAUUGCAGGUGAACUAUAAAUCCCAGCAACUACAACUCCCAAAUGAUAAAAUCAACCACUCCCCCCAUAUUCAAUCAAUCACAAUAACAACAACAACGGGCAGGCCACAUAUACCUUAUACCGAGGGGGUGAGAAGGGCGAAAUAAAUAAAUAAAUAAAUAUGCAGGAUAAAACAAUUAAAAGACUGUAAUGAGAUAAAAUAGGAGCAUGACAUUUAUGGGGAACGCAUAAAAGGAGCUUUUCCACAUUUCUCUUCAUCCCAAUAAAAUCAAUAUGAUGCUCCAGAAUUAGGAUUUCCCCAUUUUUCCUUCUCUCGUUCCUUUUUUCUUCCUCCAUCCCUCUCUUCUUCUGAAUCCAUUCCCUUCUUUUUAAAGAACCAUUGAUUCCCACGGCUGGUCUCUGGAUAUGUGCGUGAGGCCCCAGUGUCGGCCCUUCUUGGUAUUCCCAUUCUCAACGUGACCCAUGAAGGGGAAGGGGGAAAUCUUGGAGGUAGAGAAGGUCUCUGGCUUCCAUCCUUGAUCUUUCUCUUCUUUCUUCACCAGGGAAGUGAGGACUCUUUGGAGCGACCUCUUGGAUGCAGUAAGGAAACCAAUAAUAGAGAGAGAAGAAAUCCUCUCGAGGCGAUGAUCUUGCUGAAUUCUUGACUUCACUUACAGAAAACAAAGGAAUAAAGAAGAGUCAAGUCUCUGUAUUGGAAUUAAACACCCGUAUCAUUCGUGACAUGGAGGAGAAAGCGUCUAAAUGCCUGGAGUGUGGAAAGAGCUUCACCCAGAGGCAUGAUCUGCAGCAACAUGUAAAGACUCAUACUGGGGAGAAACCCUAUUCCUGCCUGGAGUGUGGACAGAGCUUCACUCAUAAUUCAAGUCUACGUACACAUAAGAGGACUCACACUGGGCAGAAACCCUAUACAUGCCUGGAGUGUGGAAAGAGCUUCACUCGGAGGGAUAGUCUGCAGCAACAUGUAAAGAUUCACACUGGGGAGAAACCCUAUUCCUGCCUGCAGUGUGGACAGAGCUUCACUCAGAGUUCAAAUCUACAUUCACAUGAAAGGACUCACACUGGGCAGAAACCCUAUACAUGCCUGGAGUGUGGAAAGAGCUUCACUCGGAGGGAUAGUCUGCAGCAACAUGUAAAGACUCACACUGGGGAGAAACCCUAUUCCUGCCUGGAGUGUGGACAGAGCUUUGCUGAUAAUGUAAGUCUACGUAGGCAUCAAAGGAUUCACACUGGGGAGAAACCCUAUAAAUGCCUGGAAUGUGGACAGAGCUUUGCUAGGAUAUCAGGUCUACGUUCACAUGAAAGGACUCACACCGGGGAGAAACCCUAUUCCUGCCUGGAGUGUGGACAGAGCUUUGCUCGUUGUUCACAUCUACGUAGACAUGUAAAGACUCACACUGGGGAGAAACCCUAUAAAUGCCUGGAAUGUGGUCAGAGCUUCACUCAGAGUUCAAAUCUACGUUCACAUGAAAGGACUCACACUGGGGAGAAACCCUAUAAAUGCCUGGAAUGUGGUCAGAGCUUCACUCAGAGUUCAAGUCUACAUAUACAUCAAAGGAUUCACACUGGGGAGAAACCUUAUAAAUGUCUGGAAUGUGGUCAGAGCUUCACUCAGAGUUCAAAUUUACGUAUACAUCAAAGGAUUCACACUGGGGAGAAACCCUAUAAAUGCCAGGAAUGUGGACAGAGCUUUGCUAAUAUGUCAGGUCUACUUUUACAUGAAAGGACACACACUGGGGAGAAGCCCUAUAUAUGCCUCGAAUGUGGACAGAGGUACACUCAUAAUUCAAGUCUACGUAAACAUCAAAGGAUUCACACUGGGGAGAAACCUUAUAAAUGCCUGGAAUGUGGACAGAGCUUCACUCAGAGUUCAAGUCUACGUACACAUCAAAGGAUUCACAUGGGGAAGAAACCCUAUACAUGCCUUGAGUGUGGACAGAGGUUCACUCAGAGUUCCUAUCUAAAUAAACAUGAAACGACCCACACUGGGGGAAAAAUCUUAUGAAUGCUUGGAGUGUGGACAGAGCUUCACUCAGAGUAGACCACUACAUUCACAUAAAAGCACUCAUACUGG